AUGCUACUCCGGCUCAUCUACACCCUCCUCACCCUGACCUCGCGUUCCCUCCAGCUCCGCAUCCUCGCGGUCGGCCUCGCCCUGGCCAUCGGCGCUACCCUACAGACUGUCUCUCGCCCGCCGGCCUUGGUUAUCUGCUCGUCUUCAACGCCCUUGGCGCCGCACAUGCCCUCCUCUUCGACUUCCCUCCGGACAGGCUUUGGGACGCCCUGGGCACUAACCCUGUGGCUCGGCGGCCAGCAGACCGACUUUCUCUCGCUCGCUGGCCUUGGUUAUCUGCUCUUCUUCGCCGCACAUGCCCUCCUCUUCGACUUCCCUCCAGACGACUGGUUGGACCGGCUUUGGGACGCCUGGGCACUAACCCUGUGGCUCCGCGGCCAGCAGACCGACUUUCUCUUGCUCGACGGCCUCGGUUGUUUGCUCGUCUUCGACGCCCUUGGCGCCGCACAUGCUCUCUUCUUUGACCCCCAUCCGGACGACUGGUUGGACCGGCUCUGGGACGCCCUGGGCACUAAGGACGGCGGCUCCACCAUCCGCUUGCCCUUCAGGUACUUCCCUUCCCUCCCUCUCUCUGCUUUACUGUGA